CACGUGUUGACUCGCACGUACGAUCCAUCUUUCGCAAAAUGAUUUUCAUAUUUCACUGCUAAGACAAAUCUGUCUCCCUAAAUCCUCUCUACUUGCAGACUCUGCAAUUCUCUACUCUUUCUCUCUCUAAUAGCUCUCCGAAUCCGAAGAAGAAUCAAGAACAGAGAUCUUCAGUUUCUUACUCUAAAGAUCGAAGUAAAUCUGCCGGGCCACUUCUAAGUUUAAGUGAAUGUUUUUAAUUUUGCUGAUUUUGGUCAAUAAAUAUCAAACAAGCAAUGUCGAUUAAGCUUUUCUCCGUUGGAAUAUAGUUGAAGAAGCAAAUGGAGGAAGGAAUGGUCAGAGGAGAUUUGCAUGUAAAUGUUGUUAGGCAAUCAUCAUUAAGGUCUGGUGGCAGCAUUAAGUCCACACUGUCAGGAAGAUCAACACCUAAGAAUUCCCCCACAUUUCGGAGGUUGAAUUCCAGCCGAACUCCACGAAGAGAGGGCAGAAGUAUCGGAGGUUCACAGUGGUUUCGGAGCAAUCGAUUAGUGUAUUGGUUACUUCUGAUUACUCUAUGGGCCUAUCUUGGGUUUUAUGUCCAGUCAAGGUGGGCUCAUGGUGAUAACAAGGAUGAGUUUCUGGGGUUUGGAGGUAAACCUGGAAAUGAGAUUUCAGACACUGAACAGAAUAAACGACGAGAUUUGCUUGCCAAUGAUAGUUCUGUAGCUGUAAAAAAUAAUGGGACCAUUGAGAUUCAAGAAGCGGAUGGUAGAAGGAUAGGAGUGAUUUUGACUAAAAGGGGAAAAAAUGUUUCUUCUGAUCAGAACAAAGUUUCUUCCUCAAAGAAGAGGAGUAGGAGAGCAGGCCGCAGGUUACGCAGUAAAGGACGUGACAAACAUAAGGCAACAGUAAAGGUCGAAAACAAUGACGUAGAAGUACAGGAACCAGACAUUCCCCAGACAAAUACUUCUUAUGGUUUUCUUUUUGGUCCAUUUGGGUCAACAGAGGAUAGAGUUUUGGAAUGGAGUCCUGAGAAGCGAACAGGAACUUGUGACAGGAAGGGUGACUUUGCACGCCUUGUGUGGUCUAGAAAAUUUGUACUCAUAUUCCAUGAGCUCUCAAUGACUGGCGCUCCACUGUCAAUGAUGGAGUUAGCAACAGAGUUUCUGAGCUGUGGAGCCACAGUUUCAGCUGUAGUUCUAAGCAAAAAGGGUGGUUUGAUGCCAGAGCUUGCCAGGAGAAGGAUCAAAGUGCUUGAGGACAAAGCUGACCUCAGCUUCAAAACUGCCAUGAAAGCAGAUCUUGUGAUUGCAGGAUCUGCAGUAUGCGCAUCAUGGAUAGAUCAAUAUAUUGCUCGCUUCCCAGCUGGCGGCAGUCAAAUUGUUUGGUGGAUUAUGGAAAAUCGGCGAGAGUACUUUGAUCGGUCAAAGGUUGUCCUUAACAGAGUAAAGAUGCUGGUCUUUCUGUCUGAAUCUCAGUCGAAACAAUGGCUAUCUUGGUGCAACGAAGAAAACAUUAAGUUGAGAUCUCCACCUGCAAUAGUUCAACUUUCUAUUAAUGAUGAACUAGCUUUUGCUGCUGGCAUUGCUUGUUCAUUAAAUACUCCAUCAACUACCACUCAGAAGAUGCUGGAGAAGAGGCAGUUGCUACGAGAUACUGUUAGAAAAGAAAUGGGAUUGACAGAUAAUGAUGUGCUUGUCAUGUCCCUCAGCAGUAUAAACCCUGGAAAAGGUCAACUCCUACUUCUUGAAUCAGCACAAUUGUUGAUUGAACCAAACCCUUUGCAGAAAGUAACAACUUCGAUGGAUAUAGAUGAAGGAUCUACCUUAGCUGCAAAACAUCACUUAAGGGCCUUGUUACAGGACUCAGAAAAGACAGAUGAAUUUCCAAAUAGUUUAGAUCACCCCAGCAAGUCUCCUAUGAGGUUGAAAGCUCCUAAGAAGAAAGUCUCACAUCUAGGCCGACUGUUUAACAGGAGGCGCAAAAAGAGGAAAGUGCUGUCUAAUUUUGAAGCACCAGAACAGCAUCUUAAAAUUCUUAUUGGUUCUGUUGGAUCUAAGAGUAAUAAGGUGCUCUAUGUCAAGGAAAUGCUUAGAUACAUGUCUGAGAAUUCAAACUUGUCAAAGUCAGUGCUUUGGACUCCAGCAACUACACGUGUUGCUUCACUUUACUCUGCAGCAGAUGUUUAUGUUAUAAACUCCCAGGGUGUUGGAGAAACCUUUGGGAGAGUGACAAUUGAAGCAAUGGCAUUCGGUCUUCCGGUGCUCGGAACAGAUGCUGGAGGCACAAAAGAAAUCGUUGAGCACAAUGUAACGGGACUUCUUCAUCCAGUUGGGCGUCUGGGAACUCGUGUUCUUGCUCAAAAUAUGCGAUAUUUGCUGAAAAAUCCAUCUGUAAGGGAGCAAAUGGGGAUGAACGGAAGGAAAAAUGUAGAAAGAAUGUACUUGAAGCGGCAAAUGUACAAGAAAUUCGUAGAUGUUCUAUACAAAUGCAUGAGAGUCAAAUAACAUCUGCUGUUAACCAGACCCAAUUCUUUAAUUGGUUUUCAAUUUGAAGGAAGCUUCACCUUGUCCAAUAGAUUUAAGAAGGCGGCAAUUUAUCAAAUUACAAGGAAUGAAAUUUGAUUAGAAGUUGUAGGCUGCAGUCAUUUUGCUUUGAAUAUGGAGCUCUGAAGUUUGUCCAUGAGGAUGUUCUCUUUGUUGUACAUAUAAUUCUUCCUUGCAUUGCAUUGAAUCACUCGCAGAAAAUAGAUGGCAGUGAUUUCGAAGUGCUAAUUGUUUGUAAUGUUGAUUUCCAAGGAAUUUAGGUUGUGUUUGGUAUAUAUGAAAAUAAUUGUUUUACACCUAA